AUGGCAUUUCUUUUCGGAAAGAAGAAGGGGGCGCAUGGUCAUCGUGAAGGAACACCCCCAGGCCCUACAGCAACAACAGGAUCUGGUACGUCAGGACAGACACCUUCAAGCUCUGUCGGCACUCUAAACAGUCUCCACAACGGCUCAGGCGCGACUUCAGCAUCUCAACAGGAUCAACGGCCAGCGGCUGCAAGCCCCCCGAAUAAUUCUUCUCCUAUGAACUCGGUACCGCGAUCAAUGGGCCCGCUGCAACAGAUGUCCGGAAAGGACAUUGGUAUGACUAGCUCACAGCAGCAGCAAGGGGCUGCGCCGGUACAGAAGUCUCAGGCUCCACCGUCUCAAGUCAAUCCUGCCAACUCAGCGCUCUACCCUUGGUCGCAACGGCGACUGACACUCUCAUCUUCACAUCCUUCGCCCUUCCCCCGGUACGGUCACGCCGCAAAUGGGGUUGCAGGAAAGGAUGGCGAUGUCUAUAUUAUGGGAGGAUUGAUUCGGUCACAGACCGUCCGGGGCGAUUUAUGGAUGAUUGAAGGGGGAGGAAGUCAGUUGGCGGCUUACCCGGUUGUUACCACCAGUGAAGGACCUGGGCCAAGAGUUGGUCAUGCGAGUUUACUAGUGGGCAAUGCGUUCAUCGUUUUUGGUGGUGACACAAAAUUGGACCCUGCGGAUGUUCUCGAUGAGACUCUAUACCUUUUAAACACAUCUACUCGUCAAUGGUCCCGUGCCAAUACUCAUGGAGCUCGACCUGCCGGAAGAUACGGCCACACAAUAAAUAUCCUGGGUUCGAAAUUGUACAUCUUCGGAGGACAAGUAGAUGGCUUCUUCUUCAACGACCUGGUCGCAUUUGAUCUAAAUACCCUUCAAAGCAACAAUGCAAGAUGGGAGGAGUUAAUUUCAGCAAAUGAAAAAAAUCAGGAUGUCCCUGCAAGCAGAACCAAUCACACCGUAGUUACUUGGAUGGACAAACUUUACCUAUUUGGAGGUACGAACGGUCUAGUCUGGUUCAACGAUGUCUGGUCAUAUGAUCCGCAAACGAACCAGUGGACACAGCUUGACUGUAUCGGGUAUAUACCCUCACCGCGAGAAGGGCAUGCGGCAUCGCUAGUUGGUGAUGUUAUGUAUAUCUUCGGAGGACGGACAUCAGAGGGCGAUGACCUGGGCGACUUGGCAGCGUUCCGGAUAUCUUCUAGGAGGUGGUACACGUUCCAAAAUAUGGGGCCAUCGCCUUCAAGGCGAUCAGGGCACUCGAUGACUACCUGUGGACAGAAAAUUAUUGUUCUUGGUGGAGAGCCUAGUGUGCCGACUAGGAAUCAAGAAGAGUUGCAAUUGAUAUAUAUUCUUGAUACCGCAAAAAUCAGAUACCCCAAUGACCAUCAGAACCAAUCAUCUACCAGCCCUACAGGAAGCAAUGAAAACAAGCGGUUGCAAGGAGCUGGUGCUAGGAACGGAUCAGUUGACAGCCCCGGGGCCCAAACGUCAAGAAAGAAUGGGGGAACGGGGACUAGGGAAAGUGUGACGGCGGGCCCAACUCAGUCAACCCCUCCAAACGGCCCAAACCCAUUAACCAGUAACAAUACCUCUGGGGGAAGUGUAACUUCUCGACUCCCUAGGGUUGCUCAGGGAACACCGGCCGGUCCUCCACCAAAUCAACAAGCGCCUCCACCUCGAACAAACGGAUCUGCUCUACCUGGACAGAGGAGUAGAACACCAACCGGAAAUGGAACAUUGCCGAAGACGAGGGAUGUUACCUCACCUGUCCAGGAACGACCGUCACCAACGGCAGCUAACGGGACGAGGAAUCCCACCGCCCAAAGGAAAGCUUCUGGUCAAGAUACUGUUGUCGCAGGCAGGGAGCGCUCUGGAUCUAGACAGCAGGGUCCUAAUCCUAACUUAAAUGGCACUACAGACAGCAAUCAUUCACCCACUUCAUCUGCAACGACCCAGCCAAUCAAUUCAAUGGAAAAGCCGAAAGAGCAACCGAAAGAGCAGAGGUCCCGGGGGAGCAAGGGAAGUAGUUCAGGCGAAGGGGACAUGUUGAGGGAGUUCCAAAAAUUGAAGCAUAUGAAUGAAUGGUAUGCUUCGGAGCUAGCUUUGGCGAGGCGAGCGGGUUACACAAUCCAAACAGGCAACAAUGCUAUUUUAGAAGAGCGGGGUGCCGAUUCGCUGCUUGAAGAGGAACGGCCGUUCGUUGAGGCUAUGUUAAUCCUCAAGGGUGAACUUCAGAAGGUUCAGGGCUCGGUUGAUGAGCAAGCUGCCCAGGCUGCAAGAAAGAUACAAGAGGUGGAACGGCAGCGUGAUGUUGCUGUACAGGAAGCAGUUUAUGCUAAAGCAAAAUUGGCAGCAUUGGGCGGUAACUCAACCCCUACACCAGGUGAUCGAUCUGCAGAUAUGGCCAAUAUGGACGCGGAGAAAAUGACAGAUAUGAGCCGGAAGUUAGCUGCAUCAUUGGCAGCUCAAGCAGAGUUAAGUGCAAAGGUCGAGGUUUUAAAGGCUGAAAUUUCAGCUGAAAGGAAAGCCCGCCAUUUGGCUGAUGAGACCGCUGGGGUUGCACAAAGUCGUGUUUCUGAGUUGGAUGAUUUCCGCAAUCGCGCUGCUUCAGAGAUGGAGAGUCUUCGGGCUGAAUUAUUAGAUGCCGAACGAGCAUUCCGAGACGAGGCUGCUGCAGGAGCUGAUGCCACGGCCGAUGCCAAAUUGUUGAGGAUUGACCAAGACGAACUCUCAAUGAAGCUCCAAGAAGCUUUGGAGGACAACAAUAACUAUCACAACUCCAUGGAUGAGAUGCGGAACGCAAUGGAUGCGACAGCAAGUAGGACCGCGACAUUAUCAAGGCAGUUGGAGGAGGAAAGACUUGUCAAGGAAGGGCUUGAGAGGAAACUGGCGCAGGUCAAGAGUGAAUAUGAGGAGAAGGCAGCAGAUCUAGAAAAUGCCAAUACCAGAUUAAGAGAUGUGGAGGAGCUAAUGGAGAAGUACGCGGAGGAGGCUCGGGCAGCUAACGCAGCUUUGGCAGCAGGAUUACAGAAAGUUGCGGAUAGGGAAAUCAUGACCAAUACUGCACUCACAGAUGAAAGAGUAAAGGCCUUGCAAGAACAGGUUGAAUCUGCGAAAUCUCUUCUCAAGAAAAGUAAAGAUCAAGCCGACGACACCGGUGAAAAACUCGCCCAAGCUAUGCAGAGGGUUGCUGGUCUGGAAUUUCAACAGGGCCAGGCUAGUAAGGAUGCCAUCGCCCUUAGAAGGCGAAUGGCAGAAUCUCUUGACGAAGUUAGGAAACUUAAACAGGAUAAUGCAGAAAUCCAGGCGAGAUUAGUUGAAAGGCAGCUUGAAGUCGAUUCGAUUUCAGCCAAGCAUGCUGCGCUUAAGGACAUUCUUGCGGAACGCUCUACUCAAGUUGGUUUCGAGAAGCGACGAUCUGCCAUCCUCAGCCCCAGUCCCCAAUCUGGCUCCGCUACACCUGAACAGAACCGCCUGCGAGAAUUGGAACUCAGACUUGAAGAAAGCCUCCGUGCGCACCGUGAGACGAAAUCAACGGCGGAAAUGCAGGCCCAGGAAGUCGAGAAGCACUUCCGCGAGAAACUCGAGCAGCUCGAGAAUGACUACCAGUCGGCUGUCCACUAUGUCAAGGGUACCGAAAAGUUACUCAAACGCAUGAAGGAUGAGCUGGCCAAGAACAAAGCUCAAAAUGCACGUCUUCAACUCGAGCUCGAAGAGUUUCAGCGGAAGGGCCCCGAUCACUCCCGGCAUGGAUCUAGGGAAAUCAACACCGAGUGGGAGCACGAAAGGGAACUUCUCAACAAGGAAAUCGACGAUCUUCGUGGCAAAGUCCGAGAGUCAGCAACCGCACUCGAUAAGCAGAUCCGCGAGACCAAGGCACAGUUGGACUCUAUGAAUGAGACCAAUCUCAUGAAUAACCAGAUGAAAGUACAGCUUAUGGACCUCUCGCAACAGCUAUCUGAGACCAGAAUUCAGCUCGAUAGACUUGAGAACGAGAAUUCUCUCCUCGAGCGCAGAGCGCAAGAUGCAGAGGAACGUGUGUCGUUCCUUCUCGACCGUGUCGAAGACUCAGUCGAUGCGUACCGUCGCAGCACACUUACCGGUCCGAAUGGUCUCGGCGGCGGUGAACCCCAAUCUACCCACAGCAGCUUCUAUGGCGGUGCUCCAGACGGGCGUAACAGCGUUGCGUUGGACAGUCUGGCUACCGAGCUUGAUGCGUUGAGGACACACUGGGAAAACACCAACAAAAAUUAUAGACUUAGCAGUACCUUUGAUUUCGAGAAGACGCCAACAAGCACGGAGGGCGGUGAGUUGAGCAGUAGUCUCGCGCAGUGGCGACAGAAGUUGCAUCAGGAGGAGACAGAGGCGGCGAUGAGGAGUGAUAGUAGGUCAGGGGAUAGCAGGAGUCCGAUUAGGAGCCAGGGUCAGGGAGCUAGUGGAGGCGUUAUAUAA